CUGGAGUUAUGACAGAUCCAUCGACAAGCUCAAACAGUGUCGGAUGGUGGGAAUGGUUGGGAUGGAAAGGUUCACCGUCAUCAAUUCCAGGCCGUCAAGCUCCGCCGCCGCACACGGAGCCAUCUACAGUACCCACGACAAGUGUCGUUGCAGUUAUGGAGCCAAAAGUGAUAGAACACGUGGAAAUUGUGCCAAUGACCGGAUGGGAACGAUUGAAAUCAAUUUAUGAACGGGAAAAUUCAAUGGAAAAAGAUGUUACUUUUAGGGUAGUUCGGAUGUCAUUUUUGGGUGGUUUUCUUGUCGGUGGAGCAACAGGAUAUGCACAAGCACGUCACGCGUACGAAACGAAUAAUGUCGGCCGCAAAUAUCUGAGCCCCAGUGAUGCGGUAAAGCGGAAAAUCGAUUACGCGAUUGUGCGGUUUGCGAAAGGCGGAUUUGGUGUCGGAUUCAAAUGUGCACUUAUUUCUGGAUCUAUUGUAUUCCUGGCGACACACAUCACCGCGUAUCGUGACAAAUUCGCCUCCUGGUAUUUUCCGGCAAUUUCAGGUGCGACGGCAUGCCUGCUUCACACAGUCGGCGGUGUUUUCACGUUUCCUAUUGGAUUACUUGGAUCGAUGAAGGCUGUCGGAUUGGGUGUCACGUCGGGCCUAACACUAUCAGCAGUUGUCCAUCUCUACGCAAUGGCAAUCGAUAAACCGGUCAACGACGCGUAUCGCCUAUUCAAACGGGACUAUGAAAAAGAGCUGAAAUCGGCGUCGGAAUGGGAUUCCCGGGUGUCAGAGCUGAUGGAAAGAGAGCAAAUCACGUGGAGACAGCAGGCGGUGAAGAAGCUUAAGCAACAGGAUCACGAGAAAAUGGCCAUUUUUGAUGAUUAAUUUAAUUAUCUGAAUAUUUUUUUUUUUUUUGAAUUUUUCAAGUUUUCCCCGUAAUUUUAGGCAUAUUUAGACGUUUUUCCGUUGUUUUUUAUAUGAAAAUUGGUUAUUUUUGCUUAAAAACUGUAUUACUUCAUGUUAAUGGCGAAAUUGCUCUGGAAAUCUGCGAAA